AUGAAAUCCAGAGUCACAGACAGGAUCCGAAACCUAAUCUUCAGCAAUUGGGAACCAGUAGACAAAAUACACAUACCAACCAGCGAUCGAGGGGCCACCGGAGGGAGGCGGAGAUGGAGCAUAAUUUCAACUACGACGAGCACGAGCACGAACACGAAGUCUAUGGCGGCGAUAUUCCCGACGACGCCGAGAUGGAUGCUGACCUCGAUAUGUCCUCUGGUAGGGCUGACGAAGAAGGCUACGACGAUGCCGAGCCUACUAACGCCAACUCGAAGGACUUGGAGGACAUGAAGAGGAGGCUUAAAGAGAUCGAGGAGGAGGCCGGUGCUCUUCGGGAAAUGCAGGCCAAGGUUGAGAAAGAGAUGGGCGCUGUUCAAGAAGAUUCAUCCAGUACCUCUGCAACUCAGGCUGAAAAGGAGGAAGUAGAUGCUCGAUCGGUAUACGUUGGUAAUGUUGACUAUGCAUGCACUCCUGAAGAGGUUCAACAGCAUUUUCAAUCAUGUGGAACAGUGAACAGAGUCACGAUUUUGACUGACAAAUUCGGUCACCCCAAAGGAUUUGCUUAUGUUGAGUUUGUGGAAGUUGAUGCUGUACAGAACGCUUUGCUGUUGAAUGAGUCAGAGUUGCAUGGUCGCCAACUAAAGGUCUCCGCCAAGAGGACAAAUGUCCCUGGCAUGAAGCAAUACCGAGGAAGGCGACCGAACCCUUAUGGCUUUCGAGGUCGCCGCCCUUUCAUGGCAGAUGCACCUUUUUAUCCUUCGUAUGGUUAUGGAAGGGUUCCGAGGUUCAGGCGGCCGAUGCGGUACAGACCAUACUAGGAGGGUGUAUAAUGCUCGUACUACUACCGCAAACGAUUGUUCGGGUUCAGCAGUUCAUUCGUCAAGGGCUCAAUUUCCAUCUCUAUAACUUGGAGGGUGUGGAUUGUACUCUAUUCAUGUUUUAAAAUCCGACUCGAGUUUUUUUUAUGAACUUGGUACCAGUUUUAGCUUGUGGGGGUUAAGAUUUGUGGUUUGCUUCUUUAGUUUGCUCUGGAAGAGCUAAAAAACCAUUAGAGAAUUUUAAAGAAAGAAAAUUGUAUGGUGAAUUGGAACUGAUCAUGACGUAGAAUUCUUUGUUAUUUAAGAAGUAAUUAUAAGUUGAUAUGAA